CUCUUUUCUUCUCUUUAUCCUUUCUUUGGCCAUUCUUGUCUUCCACAUUCUCCUCUCUCUCUCUUUCUCUUUCUGAUGGGAUCUGCCGCCGAACUCACGGAGCCCACCACCGGGACAGAGAAGCAUCAUCCCGUACAUGUGGAAGCAGAUGAAGUUGAAGUUGAAGACGAACAAAUUGUUGAUUUGGAGAGGAAAACAUUUCGUCAUGUAAAAGGACUUGAUACUAGUGUAGACAGUGCUACUUUCACCACCAACACCAACACCAACACCAGCACCAGCUCCAGCUCCUCGUCUUCUAGCUUUUCCGGUGAUGUUACUGAGGAGACCCCCGAUUUUCGCGUCAACGGCGACGACGGAGACCAUACCGGACUUGCAAAUUUGGAACAGGAAAAUGGAAAUGGAAUUCACGAGGAGCAUAACAACGGAAACAAUUGCAUCGUCUUCCUCGACGAAGAACAUGGAAUUUGGAAAUGUCGCCACUGCGAUUGGACCUACAAAGACGGAUCUUUGUUGUGUUUUGAGACCAAAGGUUCUGAGUCAGCUGUUGCAGAAACUGAUGCUCUCGAGUCCCAAUCUGCUGACCACUUGAAUGGGGAGAAGAAGCUGUUAGGAUCUGAAAACGGUUCAGCUUCUGAGGACAACAAAAGAUCUCGUGAAAUUGAAGAAGUAGAAGAUGGUGAUGUCUCUAAAGACCGGGAUGCUGUUGAUCAACCCGCUGGUAAUGUGAUAGAGGAGGAAGUGGACAUCGAAGAUGUUGAAGAUUAUGAUGUGGAGAAUGUGCUGGAUAAGCAAGAAACACAUGACUUGUUCUGUCCAAACUGUGAUUCUUGCAUCACCAAAAGGGUGGUCCUCAAAAGAAGGAAACGGAAGAUCCGUCAUGAGCUGGGAGAUUCAAAGCGUGUGAGAGGGCCUCAUUCGAAUGACCCUAUUCUUCAUUCGGAAGACAAUUUGCCAUCUCUUGAAAGUGGUGAAAACUCCGAACAUGAAUCAUUCAUCUUCAAGUGCUUGUCAUGUUUCACCAUAUUUAGUCCCAAAGGGGUGGCUCCGAAGCCAAUUCCUCUCCAUGAAGGUGUUGAAGGGUUAAAUACUCAGUCAAACCCUCAAGAGAAAGCUACAGGCGACUCCAAUUGGUUCAGUUCAAUAUUUGGCUUUAACCAAAAAGGAUUAGCUGUUCAGAAAGGUGGGGUAUUGCCUAGUAGUGUUCCGGCAGCUGAUCUGCGGCGUGAUAACCUGACAGUCUAUACUGCAAAUAAGCCAUCACAAGCCCCAGCUCUUGCUCAGGGUGAUGCAACCACUUCAAUUCAAGAUGGAUCAGAGAUCAGUGCUUCUCAAAAUAUAAAGCCUAUUGACAGCCCUACAGUUCCAGUUACGAACUCACACGAUACAAGCAAAGUUGUCAACAAUGGAGCAACUGGUGAAGAUAGGCCAAAUUUUCUGGCUCCUUUGGCUGAGGAGCAAACACAGCAAAAGAUUGACAAUGAUGAUUUUGGUACAGCAGACGGGAACCACACGUCAGGCAAAGGACGUCUCUCCCCAAUUCAACCAUCUCAUGGCAUGAGUAUAUUAAACACGGUGACUAAUGGACCAGACGGAUUUAGAGUAGAAACUACAUUUCAUGAAGAAGGUGUCCCUCAUCUGUUUGAAGGAAAAGACACUUCUGACACAAGAAAACCAGAUUUAGGUCCUACCAAAGUGACAGGUGUGAUGGACACGGGUGACAGAGGAGUUAGUACCAUUCCAGCAAAUCCUGAAAUUGAUAUUUCACCAGGGAAUUUGCUGGAAGAAGGGUCUCUAAGGGAACCAUUAAUGAGACGAGGAUUUGUUGAAGGACGUAAACUGGAAAUCUUAAAAAGCAUUGUCUACGGAGGUCUAAUAGAAGCCAUUACAAGCCUUGGUGUUAUUUCAUCUGCCGCUGGUUCUGGUGCUACAAUGUUAAGCAUAUUGGUCUUGGGGCUUGCAAACUUGUUUGGCGGGCUUAUUCUCAUUAUUCAUAAUCUCCAAGAGCUUAGAGAGGAGGAACCCAUAAGAACAACAACAGAGGAAAACCAGACUAAUGGUAGAGAAGAAGAAGAAGGUCGGUAUAAGCGACUCCUUGGACGAAGAGAAAAUUUCACACUUCACGCAUCAGUCGCGAUCUUAUCCUUCAUAAUCGUCGGGUUACUCCCUCCUGUAGUGUACUAUUUCUCAUUCAGCGAAAAACACAACAGAAACUACAAAGUAGUAUCAGUUUUCGGGGCAUCUCUAUUCUGCAUUGUCUUGAUUGCCAUAGCCAAAGCUCAUGUGAAGUACCCAAGAGGCAGCUACCUGAAGAGCAUUCUAUAUUACGCGUCAAUCGCUGCAUCGGUGUCGGGGAUUUCUUACGUAGUUGGUAACUUCUUGGAGCAGUUACUUGAGACGCAUGGAUGGUCUGAUGGAUCGGAAACACAUGUGGCACAGAUGAUGCUUUCAUCGCUUAUGGGAAGAAAAGCCGGCUCCGGCUUCGGAUAUUCAUCAUCGUGCUGACUACUGAAACCGAAUUUUGUCUUGGAAGAUGAUCCAACUGUUGGUGUUUGAAUAAGUCAAUCGUUUAACAAGUCUUAGCUUGUUUUUAGGAGUUAUUUGAGUUCUGUUUUUUGGAGUCUGUUUCGUUUUUCAGUUUCAGAAGUUCACUCCUUAGUUUUCGAGUGAACGUUGUAAGGCUAUUAUAAAAGCCAAUUUCAGUUUAUCAAAUAAGAUACGAAUCAUUCAGAGAA